CGAGCUUCGAUUUGAGGAAAUUCGUGCAGCAAACCUCUCAAUGCAACAAAUGGACCACUUCAUUUUGCAUAACUCAAUCUUCAAUCUUCAUGAAAUUAUUGCAUCAUUCAGAAAUUUUAUUGGAAACCUUUUGCCUCUGAGGGAAAUCAAUGAAACGGCAAAAGAAAGUUAACAACUUUCUAGAAUUUUGUCAAUUGGCGCAAAUUAUGGAAGCAAAAGUCAGACAGGGAGCAGUUUAUGAAAUUCUGCAAGAAAGUUGAAUACACCAUUCGAGCAUGGUAUCUAGUGAAAUUCGAAGAGAUGAUGCAACUGCACACCCUUUUUGAUCCUGUUCAUGGGGCUCGCAAGUUGGAAGAGCAGAACUUGUCUCAAGAAGAAAUCGAUGAACUUGAGCAGAAGUUCCUUGAGCAUCUCUUUGAGAUGAUGAACAAGAGUAAUUUCAAAAUUGUUACCAAUGAUGAAGUUGAAGUUGCAGUUUCUGGGAAAUAUCGUCUAAAUUUUCCUAUCAAAGUUGAUGAGACGAAGCUUGACACCUCGCUCUUAAAGCAAUUUUUCACUAAACAUCCUCAUGAUCACCUUCCAUACUUUGCUAACCAGUACAUAAUUUUCCGGCGUGGUUUUGGAAUUGAUCAUAUGAGUUCUUACUUUAUUCAAUGGAAAAUCGACACUAUUAUUUCACGUAUUUGGCAAGGAUUUUUGAAAUUCACUGGCCUGAAAAGGUUCUUAUCAAGGAAAAAAAGGUUGAGUUAUAUGAAAAGUCAAGAAUCAGAUGGAAUAUCUGUACAAGAUGAAGAGGAGGGCAAUGAUGUUGAUGAUGAUGGGGAUGAACAAGACCUAUUUAUUGAAAGGGUUCGCAUCCAAAAUAUGACUCUCAGUAUUGGCAACUUAUUGAGUAAGACGACAAUUCAAGAACCAACCUUUGAGAGGAUUAUAAUUGUAUACCGAAUACCUGCAGGUUACAAUCUAGGGAGGCAGAUUGUAGGGGAAUUUAUGUCAAGCACUUCAAAAACAUUCCCAUGGCUGAUAUGGAAAUAGUUCUUGUACGGUUAUAUUUUACCUCUUCAUGUUGAACAAUAUAAUACUCAGUAACACAUUUUUUCAGAAAUGACUAUAAUCUGAUGUCAAGUUUGAAACUAGACCUGGCAAAACAGACUCGAACCCGAUAACCCAAACCAAAUAACCCAGAAUCGAAUCCGAAAUAACCCGAAAGUUGAAAAAUUGAAUAAAACCUGAACACCCAAAACGAUCCAAACCGAGCCAAAUGUAUUCAGAUCCAAUUCUAAUCCGAGUUCGGUUGAACCCGAACUGACUACACCCGAACCGAUAAAACCCAGAACUGGUUGGACCUGAAACCAAUUAGACCCAUAACCGAUUAGAGCCAAUAUUGAU